AUUCACACACAAUAAUUGGGUGUGAAGCACCAAGAAGCCCGCUCCACUCUAGGGUUUCUUAAAACCACAUUCAUAAUUCAAGAUUUGAGCGGUGCAAUAAUUUCUUACAUUUGCGAGAGGGAAAGUCUCGAUCACGCAAUCUCUCAGUUUCAGUUUCAGUUGCUGUUCAGAAUUUUACAGCCAAUAAACAAAAAUCAAUCUUCGAAGGUAGCCUCUUGGAAGGUGCACAUAUUGUUGCCUCGCAAGCUUGUUUUGUUUGAUACAUAAGAUGCCACGGACAAAGGCAAAUGCAUUAUCUUCUGGUAAGCAAGUUGAACCUCAAAAGCCAAGUGAGCCUGAAAAGCCAGUUGAGUCGGAAGAGAAAGUCGAUCUUGAUGAAGAUGAAGAUCCUGAGGAGGAGGAAGAGAUUGAGUAUGAAGAAGUAGAGGAGGAAGAGGAGGUUGAAGAAAUUGAAGAAGAGGUGGAAGAAGAAGAGGAGGAAGUGGAAGAAGCGGAAGAGGAGGAUACUAAUAAUGCUGAUGGAGCUGAUGCACUGAAAAUCCUUAGUGGUGGUGAGCUGAAGGUUGAAGAUGGGGAUGAGAAGAAAAAAUGUGCCGAACUUCUUGCACUCCCUCCGCAUGGUUCUGAAGUGUACAUAGGUGGCAUUCCCCAUGAUGCUUUGGAUGAGGAUUUGAGGGCUUUUUGCGAAUCUAUAGGAGAAGUUACAGAGGUUCGAGUUAUGAAAGGAAAAGAUUCAGGUGAGAACAAGGGCUUUGCAUUUGUGACCUUUAGAAGUGCAGAAUUAGCUUCUAAAGCCAUUGAUGAGCUGAACAACACUGAAUUUAAGGGUAAAAAAAUAAAAUGUUCAACAUCUCAAGCAAAGCACCGUCUGUUCAUUGGUAAUGUUCCUAGAAACUGGGGAGAGGAGGAUCUUAGGAAGGUUGUAACUGAGAUUGGGCCUGGAGUUACUGCUGUAGAACUGGUUAAGGAUAUGAAGAACGCAAGCAAUAACCGGGGCUUUGCUUUUGUUGACUAUCAUAACCAUGCAUGUGCUGAGUAUUCAAGACAAAAGAUGACAAGCCCAAAAUUUAAGCUAGGCGAUAAUGCUCCGACUGUGAGCUGGGCUGACCCAAAAAAUGCUGAUUCUUCAGCUGCUUCACAGGUGAAGGCGGUAUAUGUGAAGAAUCUGCCAAAGAAUAUAACCCAGGAGCAGUUAAAGAAGCUAUUUGAACAUCACGGGAAAAUCACAAAAGUGGUUCUGCCACCAGCCAAACCUGGACAGGAAAAAAAUAGAAUUGGUUUUGUACAUUUUGCAGAGAGGUCAAGUGCUAUGAAGGCAUUGAAGAAUACAGAAAAAUACGAACUAGAUGGCCAAGGUUUGGAGUGUUCGCUUGCAAAACCACAGGCAGAUCAAAAGGCUGGAGGAUCCAAUUCUCAGAAGGCAGGAUUGCUUCCAACAUACCCCCCUCGUGCUGGUUAUGGUUUAGUUGAUGGUGCCUUUGGUGGUGCUCUUGGUGCAGGAUAUGGUGCAGCGGGCUUUGCACCGCCCCUGAUCUAUGGGAGGGGACCAACUCCUGCUGGCUUGGCAAUGAUGCCAAUGCUUCUGCCAGACGGACGGAUUGGAUAUGUUUUGCAACAACCAGGAGCACAACCACAAAUCCUACCUUCACAUCAAAGAAGUGGUAUCAGGGGUGUUGGUGGAAGUGGCAGCAGGGGUGGCAGUUCAAGUAGGGGAAGGCAUGGCAAUGAAGGUGGCCACGGGCGCAGGUAUCGCCCAUAUUAAUUGCUCCUCUAGUGCCAAAAAUCUAUACAUAAGGUGCUGUUUGUUCUAAUGUCAAACCUAAAUAUUGUUGUAUCUGAAGUUUGCAUUAUCAUCUUAUUUAUUGAAGCUGGAUUUGGUAUUCUCGUACUUUGGUAUUAGGUUCUCCUCUCCUGUUCAUAAUUUUCAUUUAUCAGCCUUUUUUAGUGGCUGGAUAGGACUUACGGCAUUUACAUGCUUUUCAAUGCAAGUGUUUAGUAUUCUCGUUGCUGAGUCA